AUGUAAUCUUUAAUUGGAUCAAUAGAUUCCUCAACAACUGGUACAAGAUUUACGAUUUGCAAUUUAAAUGGUGAAUAACUUAGUUAUCAUUAUGUGACACAUAAAUAAAUCACUCCACAUUAAGGUUGGUUGGAACAUGAUCCAAUAGAGAUAUUAAAUAAUACAAUUGAAUGCAUACAGUAAGCCUAUAAGAAGAUGAAUGGAGAGCAUAAAUUGGUGGUAAUUGGAGUGACAAAUUAAAGAGAAACAGUAGUUGCUUGGAAUAAACAUACUGGAAAGCCAUAUAUGAAUGCAAUAGUUUGGAGUGAUACAAGAACACAUGAUAUAUGUUAAGAAUAUUUAAAUAAGUAUCCAAAGAAUCAUUUUUAAUAAAAAACAGGAUUACCAAUAAAUACUUAUUUUAGUUCUUAUAAAUUAUAAUGGAUGAUGGAAAACAAUCAGAUAUUGAAAGAGGAUGUUAAAAAUGGAAAUGCAUUAUUUGGAACAAUAGAUUGUUGGUUAGUAUGGAAUUUGACAAGAGAAAAGAAUCAUUUGACAGAUGUAACAAAUGCAUCAAGAACAAAUUUAAUGAAUUUAAGAACUCUUUAAUGGGAUCAAGAAUUAUUAAAGUAAAAAUAGUGAAUAAUAAUGAUAGUUAAUUCUAAAUUCCUAUUGAUUGUUUGCCAGGAAUAAAGGCAUCAAAUAGUAAAUUUGGAACAUUGAAGAUUAAAGAGUAUGAAGGAGUUGACAUAAAUAGUGUUUUAGGUGAUUAAUAAGCAGCAGCUAUUGGUCAUGCAUUAUUUCAUGAAGGAGAUUGCAAGAAUACAUAGGGUAGUGGAUUGUUUAUUAUGGCAAACAUUGGAUAAGAAAUAAAGAUUUCAGAGUUUGGAUUGUUGACUACAGUGUUGUACUAAAAAGAAAAUGAGAAAGCUGUAUAUGCUUUUGAAGGAGCUGUAGAGAGUGGAGGUUAACUAUUCAAUUGGGCAAAAGAUAAAAUGUAAUGGUUUGAGAGUUGGGAUUAAUUGAGUUAAAGUACUAUAAAUACAGAUGAUAAUGGAGGAGUAUAUAUAGUACCAGCUUUUAGUGGAUUAUUCACUCCUUAUUGGAAUUUGAAUGCUUCAGGAACAAUAAUUGGUUUAAGUUAUUAUACAACUAAAGAUCAUUUAAGAAGGGCAAUAUUAGAAUCAGUAUGUUAUAGAACAAAAGAUGUGAUAAAGGCAAUGGAAUAAUCAGGAAUAAAAAUAAAUAAGAUUCAUGUUGACGGAGGGUUAACAAAGAAUAGGGAGUUAAUGUAAUUAUAAGCAGACAUUACAUAAAAGAAAUUAGUAUAUCCAGAAAUAAUUGAAUCUACAGCUUCAGGAGCUGCAAUGUUUGCUGGAAUGGGGGCAAAAUUAUUGUAAGAAAAGGAUAUACUCUAAAAUAUGAAAGUCUAAUAAAUAUAUGAAGGGAAAAAGAGUUAUGAGAAAGAAUAUAAACAAUGGGAAUUGGCUAUUAAUUGUGCAUUAAUGUUUAAAAAGCUUGAAUGAAUAUUGUUUAUUUGAUAUUGUAAUAUGUAAUAAUG